AUGGCGACCUUCAAGAAGAUCAAGGUCAAGAACCCAGUGGUGGAGCUGGACGGCGACGAGAUGACGCGCAUUAUCUGGAAGGACAUCAAGGACAAGUUCAUCCACCCGUACCUGGACAUCGACCUCAAGUACUACGACCUGGGGCUCGAGUAUCGGGACGAGACGAACGACCAGGUUACGAUUGAUAGCGCAGAGGCGAUUCAGAAGUACAGUGUUGGGGUUAAGUGUGCUACUAUUACGCCGGACGAGGCGAGGGUUAAGGAGUUUAAUUUGAAGCAGAUGUGGCUGUCCCCCAACGGUACAAUUCGAAACGCAUUAGGAGGAACCGUCUUCAGAGAACCCAUUGUCAUCCCCCGCAUCCCACGCCUGGUCCCGGGCUGGAAGAAACCCAUCAUCAUCGGCCGUCACGCCUUUGGGGACCAAUACCGCGCGAAGGACCUCGUGGUUCCAGGCAAUGGCACGCUGAAGAUGGUCUUUACACCCACAGGAGGCAAGCCGGAAGAAAUCGAGGUUUUUGAGUUCAAGACUGGCGGCGGGGUAGCGCAGACACAAUACAACACCGACGAGUCGAUCGAGGGCUUUGCUCACGCAAGUUUUAAACUGGCCCUGGCGAAGAGUCUGCCGUUGUACAUGAGCACGAAGAACACGAUUCUCAAGAAGUACGAUGGACGGUUUAAGGAUAUCUUCCAGGCGAUCUAUGAUAAGAAGUACAAGAAGGCGUUUGAGGAGAAGAAGAUUUGGUAUGAGCAUAGACUUAUAGAUGAUAUGGUUGCGCAGAUGAUGAAGAGUUCCGGAGGGUACAUUAUGGCUUUGAAGAAUUAUGACGGCGACGUUCAGUCCGACGUUGUAGCCCAAGGCUUCGGCUCCCUCGGCCUCAUGACAUCCGUCCUCAUCACGCCCGACGGCAAGACCUUCGAAUCGGAAGCCGCACACGGGACUGUCACACGCCAUUACCGCGAGCAUCAAAAAGGCAACGAGACAUCCACAAACCCGAUCGCUUCGAUCUUCGCCUGGACCCGAGGAUUGGUCCAACGAGGGAUUCUGGAUGAGACGCCAGAGGUCGUGGCGUUUGCGGAGAGCCUAGAGAAGGCAUGUAUCGAUACAGUCGAUAUUGACGGCAUUAUGACGAAGGAUCUGGCGCUGGCGUGUGGGAAGACGGGGAGAGAGGAUUAUGUCACGACGACGGAGUAUAUGAAUGCGGUUGAGAGACGGAUGAAGAGCCUUUUGAAGCAGAAGCUGUAG